AACCCAAAUUUAUUCUCAUUCUAAUCAGCGAAGCUGGUUGGGGAAUGCAAAGCCAAUGGCGCAGCUUCUCAGCCUAAACCCUUUACCAGCCAAAACCAUCCAUGGCUUUUCUUCACCCCCUAUCAGGUUCUGCACUGCAAGCCGCCGCCAAAACGGGAGCCACAACCGAGCUUCCUUGCACCGGCAACCGCAGUGCAAUGGCAGAUUUUCGUGCCUCUUCUCGGACAAUCGCAAACAGGAACAAGCUAGAAAGGCAUUAGAAAGUGCGCUUGGUGGGAAAAAAAGUGAUUUUGAAAAAUGGAACAAAGAGAUUAAAAGGAGGGAGGAGUUAGGUGGAGGAGGUGAUGCUGGUGGAGGAGGUUGGUUUGGAUGGGGCAGAUGGUUCGAUGGAUCGGAUGGUGAUCGUUUCUGGCAAGAAGCACAACAGGGUGGCCUGACUGUCCUGGGUAUUAUUCUCAUGUACCUUAUAGUUGCCAAAGGUGAAGUGAUGCUUGCUAUCAUCUUCAAUCCAUUGCUGUUUGCUUUGCGAGGAACAAGAAAUGGGUUUACUUUCAUAACAUCAAAGGUUUUGAAAAUCACAUCCCAAACUAGUCAUUCUGAUUUUGAUAAUACAUCCAGGGAUGAAGUUUAUAAACAUGUUUCUGCAAAAGAAAGUGUGGUGAGAAAAUGGGGAAGUGAGUAACUUCCCAAGGAUUUUAAAGUUACACACUUACACCCCAAACUAGUCAUUCUGAUUUUGAUAAUCCAUUGUGGUCCGCCCCUUCCCUGGACCCCGCAUAUGCAGGAGCUUUGUACACCGGACUGCCUUAUUUUUAUUUUUAUUUUUUUUAGCAAGGGAUGAAGUUUAUAAGCAUGUUUCUGCGAAUGAAAGUGCGGGGAGAAAAUGGGGGGCAGAGUCUGCUCGUGUUGUAUCCCACUUUUGUAGUUGUAAUGGUAUUUUGUAGGACACCUCUUUUUUUCUCUCUUAUCUCAGUACUUUACAAAUCCUACCCAUUCUCCACAUUAAUUUGUAAUGAAGUAAUUUCUUUUCUUGCUUUAAAA